UGAUUAUCGUGAUUUUAGGAUGGCAAUGUUCAAAUGCAAUUGGGUAGAAGACAAGUAUGUUAUAUCAGAUGAGUUAGGAUGUACUUUAGUGGAUCUCAAUAAAAUAGGCCAUAAGGAAGAAUCAUUUAUAUUAGCAAGUCAAGCAAAACAAGUAUUCUAUAUUCAAGAUCCAUCAGAUUCAAGAUGGUCAAUUGUACUUGCAUCACAACCAAAAUUCAUAGGUGAUGAUGAUGAUGAUGAUGAUUAUGAGAUUGGCGAACUUCAAACUUUUGAGAAAGAAAUUGGAGAUAUCAAUGAAUUUGAGGGAAUUGAAUCAAUAGUUGGACCAUAUGUUCGAAGAGAUUGUGAUGGAAUUUGGAUUGAUCAUGGACCAUCAUGAAGAGCAUCCCGAAGAGGAACUUGAAGACAAUGCAGAUGAAGGUAUCAAUUUAGAAGAGGCUGGUAAUGAAGAUCUUACAACAAAGAAGAAGAAAAGUCGGCAGACUAAGGGGAUAGUGCGAUUGGAAAAAAUAAUUGCUGACAAUAUCAAAGGGAUUAAGAUAAAUUUAAGGUUUAACAAGAGAGGGCAAUCAAUUGGAACUCCGAAGAGAGCGUUACAAUGCUAUUUGGGGAUGCAAGCAAA